AUGGCAGGCAAGAAAAUCAUCGCUGUUAUCGGAGCCACUGGCGCUCAAGGAGGUGCCGUUGUUGAUGUCUUUCUCAACGACCCGAUCCUGAACCAGGAGUGGACGGUUCGCGCAGUUACUCGAGAUCCAUCCAAAGACAAGGCAAAGAAGCUAAAGGAACUGGGCGCGGACAUCGUUGCUGCCGACUUGAAUGACAAGGCCUCACUUGUGAAGGCCUUCACUGGAGCUACUGCAGCAUUUGGCGUCACCAACUACUGGGAGACUAUGAGCAUUGAAGCCGAAAUCCAGCAGGGACGAAACCUUGUUGACGCUGCGAAGGAAUCUGCUGUCUCUCAUUUCAUCUGGAGCUCUCUGCUCAAUGUCAAGAAGCUGACGCAUGGAAAACUUGCCCACGUCUAUCAAUUCGACGGCAAGGCUGAGAUUGAGGAAUAUGCUAAACAAGUCGGUAUUCCGGCCACCUUCUUCCUGCCUGGGAUGUAUAUGCAAUCUCUUAGUGGGGCUUUUAGACAGAACCCACCUGAGAAUGCCUGGACGUUCGCCCUACCGAUGCCUGAAACCGCACCUAUUCCCUUGUUCGACGUUCGCAACACCGGAAUCUGGGUCAAGGCAAUUGUACGAAAACGAGACCAGCUGCUGGGGAAGCGUGUACUGGGUGCUACGAAGUAUACGACUCCCAAGGAAGUAGUCGACGGGUUCAAGCAGGCCUUCCCAGAGGCUGGUAAGGCAGCCGGCUUCUUCAGCCUGCCACAUGAAAUGUUCCUGCAGGGGGUUAAAGACUCAAUGGGAUUACCGGAUUGGGCAGCGGAAGGUAUCUUGGAGAUGAUGCGCCUUGUUUAUGAAGACGGAUACUUUGGUUCUGAACCGUUGGAAGAGAGCCUUGCGCUUCUAGAGGACAACCCGACCAUGUGGGUGGAUUUCUUAAAGAAGAACGAGACUUUCAAGGACCUCAAAUAA